AUGUGGACGGCUUCCUUGGCUCUUCUUUUCUCCGUCUUUGCGAUCGGCUCGGCCAACCCGGCUUUCUUCUGCUUCAUCAAGGCGUCUGUAAGAAGUUCUUCUAUUUUAGCAUCUUCAAAACAUUUCUCUGUGUAUUUCCAAGCAGAUUGAGUAUUUAAAAUACCUAUAUGCGACUAGUUUUAGAAAUUUCAUCGAAUAAAAAUUAGCCGAAAAGUUUCAAUCCCAUUACGUACCAGCUUGUCACAACUUUUUACUCGAAGCUGAAGAAUCAUUUCCUUUCGAUGCGCGCCGCCCGUUUCUGUGCAUGCGCCUUUAAUAAGAGGGAAGUCUUCAGACUCAGUAAAAGGCGCAUGCACAGAGACAAGCUUUACGCAUCGAAAAGAAUAGUACUGUAGCUCUGCGGAAAAAAUUGUGACAAACGGAGUUAUAAAAAAUCUCUGCUGGGGUUUUCAAAAGGCUGACAACACAUUUCUUUAGUCAAAGUAUAAAAGAUCAUAACCGCUCACUAUACGUUUCAUGAAGUCUUCAUAUCUAGUGGUUCAAUUUGAGGUUGAUUCCGCGGUCCUUCACUAAAAGUACGGUACUCAAGAGCUUGCAAUCUGAAAUCACCGUACGAAGAAUUUUUCGAGCUUUUCCUUUUUUUUUCUUUUAUUAUUUCGUGUUGUCAUUCUAUUACUCUAACUGAUUUUGAAGUUUCUACUUGUAUCCUCAUCCCGAUUUUCCUAUGGCGAAUAAUGAACAUUUUCAGCGAGAACCUUUCGAUGCGGCCGCCUUGUCCAACCUGACCUGCACCCACUUUGUCUACGGUCACGUUGACAUCGACAAUUAUAAUGGGCGUCCCAACUUCAGAACUUUUGAUUUGAUGUAUGCCGGCCGUCCUGGCAACAUUCGCAGUUUCUUGAGGUUCUGGAAAUAAUUUAUUACAAAAAGAAGAAAAUUCAACAAAGAUAAAAAAGUUGGAGGAUAAAAAAUGGUAGAAGAAAAGGUGAAAAGCGCAAAAUUGAGGUUGAGUCUAAAAGUUAACUUUGAUAGUGGUUCAUCAUGUUUUAGCGCUUCAUAACGGCAUUUUUCAUCAUGUUAUUUUUUUUCUUGUAGUUUUUAUCGCAACUAUUUUCUUCGAAGUUUAAUAAUUUCCAUUUUGGUUCACGUUUUGUUAUACCCAGUUUUUUUUUUGAAGAUUCCCCCGAAAAAAAUCUGAUUUUCAGACUCCGCCGCUAUCAUCCCAGCGCUAAGUUGCUCUUCGGAGUCCGUCGCUCAUCCGCUUUCCCGAGUUAUUUCGGCGCGAAAAUCGUGGCCAAAGGCGCCGUCGAAGCAGCCAUCGACAAGUUUUCUAGACUUUUUACAAAUUUUCUCAAGAUUUAUAUUUGCCAGUAAAUUUGACGGCCUUUUCGUCACCUUCGACGGUCCACAUCUGCACGAUAGGAGCAUCAUCGGCUUCAUGCAGGUAUUCUUUCAGGAAUUUACUGUUUCACCUCUCAAGAUAAGUCCAAUGUCCAGCUGAGAUUUCGUUGGACUUAGCUUUUUUGAGCCUUUCUUGUUUUCUAAAAAAACUUCUCAGGAACUCUCCGCAUCGACGGAACUGGCGAUGCCGAUCCUCAGUGUCAGUUCUCAGAAAAUCUGGCCUCCAGAUGCUGUCGACAGACUUCGGGACGUUUCUCCGCUCGUCGAGUACAUCUACCUUGACAUGAGCAAGACACCUGUUAGUGGAGGGAAUAGAAAAGAGAAAUAUUACAACAAAAAAAGUUUUUAUUUCGAAAAACUGUCGCGAAAAAAAGUGUUUUUCGAAGGUCGACUGAGAAAUAUUUAAAAUUCCUAUUCUAUCUUCAAACACGCUUCUUCUGCUUUUUGGGAAGAUUUGAAAGUAUUACCCAUAACUAUUUUUAUGAAAUGCCUUCAAUCUUCAAGUAGUCAAUAGGCAGAUCCAAGAAGACUCUCUUUUUUUUUUUUUGAUCUGAGAUUUUUGAAAUAAAUUAAGCUUCUUUAAAAAAAAUUUCCACAAACUGUCUACACAAAGCCUUUUUUUAUUGGUCUGGAGAAAAAAUUUAAAAAAACGCCGACCAUGAGGAAGUUGUAUUCGUUCAGGCCAGUGAGGACCCGUACCUAGUUUCUCACAUCGAUACCUUGGAAGCUUACGGCGACAUCGAAUCGCAUGACACGAUCAAAGGCGCUGUCAAAAAGUGAAUAUUUCUACUAAAAGUUGUUUUUGGAAAUAUGAAUUUUUGAGGCUGGAAGACGGUGGAAUUGUCCUGGACCAGAUCGUCGUUGGGUUCACCGCCGGAGGAUGGCAGUACAAGGUGGAAAAUAUUUUAAGAUAAAUUUAUAGAAGUUGAACUAUUAAUUUGAGAGAGGGAGUCUAAAAUUUUAAAGCUUAAAGAAAAAAAAUAGCUAUUUUUUUAGGCAGGAACCUGAUGGAUUUUCGACUAGAAAAUUGGAAAAAAAAACCGCGAUUUUUCUUGUUUUUUUAACGCUUUUUUUGGCACUUUUGAAAAAUAUUUAGUAGUCGAAAAAAAUUGCUCUGCCCAAAUUGGUCACUUUUUGAAACAAACGAGAGAAACAAGUUACCGUAACCGCAACUUUUUUUUUGUACUUUCGCUUAGAGACCCUUCGAAAAACAGGUCUCAAAACAAAAUUUGCACCCCAGUUUAUACGGUUUCUAGCUAGGAAAAACCAAAAUUUUCCUGUAUACUCUCUUUUGUUUGCCCACUAUUUCGCUCAUCAUUCCAGGACCAUGACCUGGAAUUUCAUUGAGAGUUUAGGUCCAAAACGUGAUGAAAGUGGUUGCUGGAGAGUUCGCACUGGAAGAGGGCGUUUUGGUGAACCAGCAGGAAGUUUGUAAGCUUCGAGGUACAUAAUGAACGACAUAUUUUGUACAAAAAAAAUCCAUAGGAUCCAAAUUCCUAAACCCACAAGCCCUAAAUGAAAUCACACUGCACCGGAGUACGUGGACUUCUUCGAAUUUGCCGACUUCUGAGGGCUUGGGAAAAAAGGUUUGAAAGAAUCAGAGUUUUGGGUAUGCAACGUUUGCAGCAGGUAGACGUAUGGACUCCUUUCAAAAUCACUUCGGAAAAAAAUACUCUGACUGUCUGCGCUCUCUUUUCUUUUAUGGAAAGGCCGAAAAAGCGCGAGAGAAAUGGAGAGCGCAGAAAGUUAGACUUUUGGUGACACCCUUUCUUGGCAAAAAAUCCAACGCUCGGCGCUAGGAGAAUGGCUCGCACCGCUCUGAGGUGCAUCCGACCAGAAACUUAUUGCGCUCGAGCUUUUAAAAUAAAGUGAAGAGCCGAUUCCAACCGCAAUGCAACCGCGACGCCUCUGUCUAUUCUACAUUCUACUUGCGACCAUUUAUAAUCAUUUUUACGCGAUGAAGCUUUUCUAGAUUGAAUUUGGAGAAUUUUCGUUGGAUUAUCAUUUACAAAGUUCAAUGCCGUUUUCCCCGCCUAGAUGACCUGGGUCCUUGCGGAAGGUCUCGGAGGUUUGGGAAUCUCUGCCGUCGAAGAAGAUGACCCGAAAAACGUCUGCAAGAAGGAUCCUCUGCCGGCUCACCAUCUCGCCAUGAAGGUUUGUGAGAUUUUUGUGGGAGAUGCCGAUAGGAAAUCCAGGCAAAUUUGAUUUUUGGAGGGAACACUCAAGUCGCGUCUAUAAAUGCUGAUGAGUCAUAAGUCGCUUUUCACAUAAUGGCUGCUGUCAUUUCGUCUAAAAUAAUAUCCGAAACAAAAAUUCUCAGGUCCUGGCCAAGACGAAACCGUCGCAAAAGACGAACUGCACCAGACUGUGUUAUUUCGACGCUGAACGAAUGGAACACGACUUCCCCUUGGAUUCGAUCGCCUCCCAUUGGUGUAGUCAUGUCGUCGUCGGUCCUGUGGACAUUGAUGUUAGUGUUGAUCUUGAAGGAGUGUUUUUAGUGAAAGCGUUCGAAGUAACUCUUGCCAUACUCCUUUAAAUGUCAGAAUCUUUCAAUUUUACUACCCCUUCUGUUCUUGAGGUGUUGGAGAACGUGGUGAUCCCGAAUUCCGUCAAAAAUCUCCUUCCGAGAAUCCGCGAAUGGAGGGAACCCUUUGGCGACGCUGCGCCGAAGGUUGAUGCGCAGUCAAAUCCCACAACGUAUCCCCUUUUAGAUCUUCUUAUCGAUCGGCAGCCGAACUAACAACGAUGUCUGGCAGACGGUUUUGAUCAGAAGAUCGGCUUUUGUUCAGAAUUUGGUUGAGGUGGUUUCGAAGGAAAUUUAAUGAGAUCAGUUGAACGAAAAUGGUUUUUAGAGGCAGGAAAAACCUUAUUUUUUCAAAUUUUCUUAAGUUUUUUGAUCUUGGAGUUGUAUAACAUAGCUUUUGGGCAUUUUUUUGCUGAAAAACUGGAAAUUCCCACGAUGUAAAAGUUUCAAAUUGAUGUUCAGAACAUUUUGAAAAAGUGUGGUCUUUAAUUUUUCAUUCGUUCAAACAUGCCUUUCGAAAGGAACCGAUAGUCUGAAAAUUGGAACGAAAGCGCUCUAAAUGGCUAAAUCUUAGCUAUGGAUUGGUCUUUUAUUCAAUUUUUGGGGUUAUUUGUCACAAUUAGUGAGGUUUUUCUUGCAGACGGAAAUCGAGCAGAUUCUUAUCUCCCGAUUUUCCUCUGUAUUUUUCGUAAAAUUUCAUAGAAUACUCAAUUUUCUUCCAUUUCAAACUCAUAUUCAGCUUUCAAAAAAAGAAAACCUGGACGGAAUCGAAAUCGCUUGGAUCAAAGAACCCAUGGCCAGCGAGGUCAACAAGUUGUUCCUCAACAAUUUGUUGGACGAUUUGAAGAAGCUGGACCAGGUUUACACGGAGAAGCUACUUUUGAGCUUUUCUUCUUGUUCAGAACUUGAAAAUCCACCUCGCUGCAAAUCCGGAAAGCACCAUAGCUAAUCUCUACGACAUUCAGAAGCUGAAUCAGUGAGAUUCUUUUUUUUGUUAAGAAAGGAAAUUUUUCGAAAAUCACAUUUAAACAUGAUGCCAAUAUAUUUCUAUAAAUGAUAAAAUAAGACUAGUCCGAUGUAAAUUUAUCAAAAACUCUAAUAAGGUUCAAAAGCUCAAUAAUUGGCUCAUUUUCGACCGGUUUUGAAAGGUUUAGCACCUAAUGCAACCCAAGGAAGUAAUCUUCGAACCGAUUCUCGAUUUUAUUCAUUUCAAGUUUUUUGAACAAAGUAAAAUUCGCUCGAAUAAGGUUGAUUUUUACUUAAAUAAUGUAUUUAAAAUAUAUUCCUUCGUUGGUUUUUGAAAUUCAUCUUCCUAUGGAAAUUCGUUGAGUAGGCUGUUCUUGGACCGGUAAGUUUGUCUGUAGGUCUGAAUUGUUCAGAUUUUCUUAAGAUCAUCAAAAAUUCAGUUCGUUGAAUCAUUACCAAACUUGAAGGCGCAGCAAGGUGCCAAAAAAGUGGUCUUAAUCGGAUGAAAAAAACAGAACCUAGUCAACUUUUUUUUUUUUGAGACCGAAAUUAAACUUUUGAACUGGCUCCCUUUUUAGAACCGUCGAUUUGGUAGUCCUCCAAACGCACCGACUCCAUGAGAGCAAGGCUUCCGUCACGACGCUGAGCAGUCCCUUAAGGGCCGUCGAAUCUCUUCCGGACCAACAAAUGACUAUUGAGUCGAUUGCUAGCAAGUGGAUCGAGAGAGGAAUGCCAAGGUUCUAGAUUGGGUUCUGAGAUAAGAGCGAAUUUUCCAUUUUCGAAGGAUAUUGUGUGUGAAAGUGGAAGGUGUGCACUUUGUGAAUUGCACUUUUGUUUUGUGACGUUUUAAAAUCGUCCCUGCGCUUUUAAAUUUCGAGAAGUUUCGGCGUCUUGAUGUUUUUUCAAAUACAUUACAGUGGAUGGUUACUGUCGUUAUAAUCUUUUUCGAUAACGUUCAAUAUUAAAAUGGAUAAAUAAGCCACGCAACAAUAGUGCAAACACACAAAGUGCACACCUGCGGAAUUUCACAUACAGUAUUCUUCGGAGUGUGGAAAUUUGCUCUCGCCGGUGUCUCGAAUCUUCGAAACUAGAGAGUAUGGAUGAACAAGAGGGCGUUUAAAGAAAGAUAAAAGCCCUCUCAUUUUUGAACGCUCUCUAACUCUUGAAGAUUCGGACGUAGACUCCCUGGUUUUAUAGCUGACUCACGGCUGGCUUUAGUCAUCAGAACGGGUCCUGACACGAAAAAAAGAAAAAGUGUCGGUUUGGUGGAGAGUGCAGACAGUGCCACGCCUUUCAAUGUCCCAAGCUAGCCGGGGAUCAGCUGUGAUUUUAAAGAAAUGAGAAGUAUUUUUCAGGUCCAAGUUGGUUGUGAGCCUUUCAGCCGCGGCCACCACUUCGAAGUCUAUCGGGAUCGUCAGAUCUGACCAGCCGUUGGGGCAUCCGACGUUCAAAUCUGAUGCCGGAAUCAGAGCCCAAGAAGAGGUUUCGAAAUUGAAUAUUUUGCCAAGAUAUAAUGGUAUGAAUAAAGUAGAAAAAAAGGAUUAUUGAGGUGAAAUUGCAUAUUCAGUUUUUAGUUUAAUUUCUCGAAAAAAAAAAGUGAAAUAUGAUGAUUUUUUUCAAUGAUUUUUUCAAUAGUUCAGAUUGAUUUCAAAAGUUUUCUAUCAGUUCAUUAAGAAUGGUCAAACCAAUAUUUUUAAGAUCUGCACCGGCUCUUCGGCCCUCGACGAGCACGGAUGGAUCGAAAACGCCAAAUCAGCUUUUAUGAUCAGAGAUGGGAAAUUCGUCUCCUUCGAAAGCCCCAGGAGCGCUCAGAUCAAGGUUUUUUAGUUGAUCCACUGAGAAAAUUCCGAUCGGACAAGCUCUCGUGAUUUCCUGAAAUGUACUUUUAUAGCCCCCAAACUGACGAACGUUUUCUACCUUUUUCUCUUAACGUGACUUCUAGAGAGAACCUUCAAGGGUCCCUAAAGUUACUGUUAGUGACCACUCUGGCUUUCUCAAGAAAAUCCCAUAAUUGGACUCGAAGGCAGCUGAACUAUUUCUCCGGACUUAGCGUCUUUUAAAGCACGUUUCAACGAAAAUCUUAGCGAAUUCUCAAUAAAACUUAUUUUUAUAGAUCUCAUGUUUUUUUUAGUCAGUCUGGACGUCGAUUGAAGGCAUGGGAAUGGCUGUCUACGGUAUCGAUGCCGACGAUUCUCGGGCCGCCUGCACAAAUGAAUCCUUCCCGAUUCUGAGAACUGUUGUCGCUGCUCAGGUAAAAAAGGGCCAUGAAAAGCCGAAAAAAGAUAAUUUUAUAUCAUUUUUGCGGAUCAAAAUUUUUUUUCCCGUCUUGGAAACAUGAAAAUUACGUCCAUACCGUUAGAAUUGGGCUUUUCUGCUUUUUCUAGGAGUUUUUCUACCUCCAUCAUCAUUUUUCAAUGUUUCUUUUAUGUGUUUAUUGUUUAUGUUCUAUUUUUUGAAUCUCAUUAUCAUCUUAGGUCUGCCCUCGAUGCCUGGCCCGUCACGACUUCAGAAAAUGCGAACAUUCCUUCAAAGUCGCCUGUAACUUUGUCCUCGACAAGACUGAACGUUUGAAAUAUUCGAUCUAAAGUGAACCUUUGCCUGGUUUCAGCCGAGAUGAAGACCUCACUCUUGCCUUAUGAAAUGUGCACGGAAGUUGUUGUUGAACACGCGUCGUUGAACUCGACUGGACACGUCGAAGUGCUUGGAGAAGACCGGAAGGAGGUCCUCGGAGAGUUGGUAAGGCUUUCAAGUUGGUAAAAUGACUAAUGAAGAUCAAAAAAGGUGAAUUUUAGGUCAAAUAUGAGUGAAAAUUUUGGUUAGUUCAUUCACCUUGACACUAUGACCGACUAGGAUCCCUCUGUCUCUCGACGUGUAUUUUUGUUGAGGAUGUUUAAAACAUAAAGUUCUCAUUAUUGAAUUAGAUUUGCGAAAAAUUUCUUCUCGGAAGUAUAUGCAAAGCUGUUGAUAAGACCGGGCGACCGGUGCAACCGGGGACGCCUCGUCGGCUGCUCUGGCCAUAAAUCCGGCUCUAUCGAAAUGGAACACGAAACUUGAUCAGAUUUUCGGACUUCGCAUUGAGAUGGAGUUCUACUAAUGAAGCCUUUUCCAGGCGAAAAUGUCCGCAGACAUGGUCAAAUGCGGGUUGGUCUUGUCCCUGAAGUGCCAGGUCAACGAGAAAAACUUCACCUCGAUUCUUCUCGGUAAGAACUAAUAUUUUGUAAAUUUUCUGGUUUUUCUUUUGAGCAGCAGUGCUUGACUUUGAGCUUCAACAUAGUUUAGUUAUCUUAAUUUUUCGAGUCAUAGCCGACUCAUUUCACUGCUGUAUCUUCUAAUUUAUUGUUAAUAAUUUUUAAAAAAGCGAGAAUAGAAAAUAUUACAGAAAAAUCUGAAACGACGACGGGAAACGUUCUCGAAUUCCUUCGCGCCCAUAAUUUCAGCGGUGUACAGUUCGACUGUGAAGAAGCUGUUGGACGGUCGAAUCAGGUUUCUUUUUCUUUGCGAUUUAAAAAAAAAUAUCUGUGUCUAGUCUUUCAAAUUGAAAUUAACUUUUUCAUAGGAAGUUUUGUGUUUCAGCUCCAAUUCACGGCUUUUUCUCCGAGAACUUCAGCAGAAAAUGGCCCAAAGUAGGGCUCACAACGGCUGUCCCUUCACUUUGGCUUUGAGGUGGUUUUUUUCUCAGAGCUGCGCGAGUUUGACCCGCGUCGCGGUUCCCGAAGCGGUCAUGAUUAUACCACCUGUUUUCUCAUGAUUUUAUAAAAAUCUCGAACGGUGGAUAGUCAAAAUCGAUCGAAGACUUCGUGUAUCCUGGAAAUUAUGAUCAUUCAAAAAUCAGAUUUACUUUUUCUUUACCGCAAAAAAAUCAGUUUUUUUGGUUUUGCAAGCGCAACAGAAACUAUGAUUUAACUAGAAAGAAAAUUUUUUUGGGGAAACGUUUUUGAGUAAGAAAUUUUUUUAUCCAAACUCUAUAGCCUGGUCCGAGCCAGCGCUGGCUUCUUCGCAAAAAAUGAAGCCAGUUGCCCGGAAAACCUGAAUGUGGACCAGCGUGCGCGAAAAAAGCUGUAACCUCUUUCAACGAAAUAUUCAAAUAAAAAUGUCUUAAGAUUAUCGCCAAAGAGCUUCCAACUCUCGCCAACCUACAGCAUUCCGAUGCUCAACAAACUCCACCACGUCGCCUUGUCAUCACCUCCAGGAACCCUUCUUGUCUCCCAGAAUUCGUCAAUUCGCACCAUUGUUGGGCAAAAGAGAAAUUCCGUUUCGAAAUACUUCUUAUAUUAGGACGACACCAUCCGAAAAUGGAAGGCGUCGGGCUUGAAGGCGUCGAAACUCGUCGUGGAGCUGUCCACCAGGAUUCUUCACGCUUCGGCCGCCAAAAACUUGCAAGAGUAUACUCCGGAGGUAGUUGAUUAGAACUGUAAAAAUCAAGAGAAUUUUGAAAAAAGUUUUGAAAUUUUUUGAUUUUUCAUCUUCGUUAAUGAUCUGACAAUAAAUUGAUUCUUCGAAAAACUGAUCUCAAAUUUGUUAGUAUAUAAGCUUUCAGAUCUGCGAAUCGGCCAUCAAGGGAAAUAUGACGCUUCUGAACGAAGAAACGCUUCAAGCGACGAUCGUCUCUGGAGGCAAUAUUUCUAAAGUUCAAACCAUCGAAACAUUGCGCUACAAGGUUUUAAAUCAAGCUUCAAAGAUAAAUGAAAGAUCAUAGUUAAAGCUUAGGUGAAUGAGAAAAUCUAGCCUUAUUAUUUAACGUCUCUCAACUCUAAGCCUUGAACAAGAAAAAUCAACGCUUCUUCCAGAUCGGCUACGUGAUGAGAGAAUCCCUGGCCGGUAUCUCGAUGCGCGACGUGACUGGAGAUGAUCACACGGGAAUCUGUGGCGUCGGCAGCUUCCCCAUUCUCAAGUCGUUCUACUCCUCUGAGAAAUGCUUCUGA